UGAUUGUGGUAGGCAAUUAUUUGAUUCCUCUUUGGAAAUGCCUAACGUUACAGUGGAAUCUUCCUGUUGAAUGAUCAGAUGAAUUGGCCUAGUUUGGUUUCUGGCGGGUUUGUUAUGGUUUGUACAGCUAGCUUGCAGGCGAGGCGACUACGGAUAGUUAACUAAAAUCUGCGAAAUAAACGAUUUGCACGACUCUGGACAAAAAAAGAGAGAAGCAUUUCGAAAGUCAAUAGUUUACAUGACGAAAGACAACAGGCUGUCCGACAUAGUUUGCAUACGGUUUUUUUUAAUACAAAUUUUGGUCAGAUGUGCUGUCUGAGUGACAGUGUAAAGUUACUAGCUAAUGUUAUUUAUUACAAUUAACUUUAUUGUUAGCUAGCGCUUACGUUACAGGAUGCUUUAAUAACUGUAGCAUACUUUAGAGCUGUUUAUGUCAGCAAGGCAACAUUAUCCUAGAUUGUUAGCCUAUUUAUGAAGAUUUUUUGAGUGGAGUAAUGGAACGUCCAUCGAGGAACAAGAAGGAAAUAAAUUAUACAGAUUUCCAAGACGACGAUGAUGAGGACUUUGCUGUGAAGGCCCCUGCUAGUAAAAAGGCUCGACUAGAAGCUGAUAAGAGCAAGAAACCAACUGUCAAAUCCGCAAGCCAGGAGAGUGGACCUCUUAUUCAUGAUCGCAAGGAGAGGACACCCCUGUCAGACAGACUUCAUGAAAGGGACCUAGAGGCAGCGCUCACACUGUCUCUGCUUCAGGCGGCUGAAACAGGAACAGUGGAGGUGCCCAAUCAGCAAGCUGACAAAAACCAAGCCCAACACCCUGGACUACCACUGACUAACUGCAUCGUGGAUAGCAAUAACCAUGGUCUGAAUGAUAUCACAAAUGAGCAGCUCUCCCAAUCCAACUCAUCCAAACAGAGGAAGGCUGCCUCCUUGGCUCGAUCGUCCCUGAAAGAAGAGAAAGAUGGUGAUGCAGAUGAGGAUUACCUCCCGCAAAAAAACACACCAGACUCAGAGAGUGAAUCAGAAUUCAGUGAGGAGAAUGAGAGUGAAGAUGAGGAGUUUACUGUUGAGAAAGGGCAGAAAAGAAGUAAACAAAGGACGGGCAACAAGAAAGCACCCCCUCCAAAGAAGGAGAAGCAGCCUCCGAAGGCUACCAAAUGUAAAACGCCAGCCACAACCACAGCGACUCCUACCAACAACAGAGGUCUGGCAAGCCCCACUAUCAGCCGAAGCCCAGUCAUAACCAAAACCUCUCCCUCCCUGAAGAAAACACCCGCUACUCCCCCUAUGUCAAGGCCUGUACCCUCCACAAGUCCGGCAGGAGGUAGAACGCCCAAGUGGAAUCCUCCAGGUCAGGUUGGCAGGAGUCCUGGCACUUUUCAAGAUGUCAACGUAAAGUCUCCAAGUCAGGCCCUACGUUUAGGACUCUCCCGUUUGGCAAGGGUGAAACCCCUCCAUCCAAAUGCUGCUGCACACUGACGGGUGGCAUCCAGCCAACUGAUACAUUCAACCACAGCCUAUGGAACUGUCUGUCCCCAAAAGUAUGUCAUCUGGAUAAGUCUCAAAUAGCAACACAGCUGUACGCAGUAAUAACAAAGGCACUGAAAGAUAGCGGCUCCCUCUGCUGGUCUACUAUAGAAAUGUCAAGCUUGCAUCCAUCGCAGCGUCAUUCAAAUUCACGUCUGGCUCUCAAACUUUGUUUGUUUUGUCGGUUCAUUUAUUACCAUUUCUUUUAAAAACCUGUUGGAUUUUAUAUGUUUGUAAUGUUAGUGUUUCCGUGUUUUCUUACGAUUUGUACAUUUGGAUAGAGUGGAACAUUAAAGAUUUUGUUGAGUCAAAAGUCUAAAAACAAUCGAAGUCG